AGUCGUUAACAUUUGGAAAAAAUUGAUACUUUGGGUUAAGUCAUGGCCAUUUAUGAAGGGCUCACCUUAAAAACGACGCCGGAUUACGGAACUUGACCGGUUUGACCUUGACCCAUCUUCCAUUUCUAUAAACCCUGCUCUCUCACUCAGAUCUCACUUCCUCCUAUCUCGCUUCGAAAAAAAACAACUCAGAAAUGGCGAGUCGACUCGUUCUCCUUCUUGCACUCACCUCUCUACUACUCUUUUCCAACUCAGUUCUCUGCAAAGACUCCAAGACCAAGGAAUCAGAGGAAGACGACGAAGAUCUGAGCUUUCUCGAAGAGGCGGACGACCAAACUGUUCCUCCACCGCAUCGGUACCCAGAUCUCGACCAGUCCGACGACGAGGGCGACGGUGAUUUUGACAACUUCGCUGAUUUCGACGGGUCGGUGGCUGAUCAGGACGAAGCUUACAAGGAACCAGAGGUGGACGACAAAGACGUCGUCGUUUUGAAGGAGAGGAAUUUCACCGACGUCAUCGAGAACAACAAGUUCGUGAUGGUGGAGUUCUACGCGCCAUGGUGUGGCCACUGCCAGGCACUGGCUCCGGAAUACGCGGCGGCCGCGACGGAGCUGAAGGGAGAGGAUGUAGUUUUGGCCAAAAUCGAUGCCACGGAAGAGAACGAGCUCUCUCAGGAGUACGAUGUGCAGGGUUUUCCAACUAUAUACUUCUUCAUUGAUGGCGUACACAAGCCUUAUACUGGCCAAAGGACCAAAGAGGCUAUAGUGACUUGGAUUAAGAAGAAGAUUGGACCUGGUAUUCACAACAUCACCACAUUGGAUGACGCUGAGCGUGUGUUGACUUCCGAAAGUAAAGUCGUUUUGGGCUUUUUGAACUCUUUGGUGGGUCCUGAGAGUGAUGAACUUGCUGCUGCUUCAAGACUUGAAGAUGAUGUCAACUUCUAUCAAACAGUGGAUCCUGCUGUGGCAAAGCUUUUCCACAUUGACCCAGAAGUGAAACGCCCUGCCUUGGUCCUGCUUAAGAAGGAGACUGAAAAGUUGAGCCAUUUUGAUGGUCCAUUUGUCAAGUCUUCAAUAGCUGAGUUUGUAUUUGCCAAUAAACUUCCUCUAGUUACCAUUUUUACUAGGGAAAGUGCCCCUACAAUUUUUGAAAGUCCAAUCAAGAAACAGAUUUUGCUGUUUGCUACUUCAAAUGAUUCGAAGGAGGUUAUCCCCGCUUUUGAAGAGGCAGCCAAACUUUUCAAGGGAAAGCUUAUCUUUGUGUUCGUGGAAAUGGAUAACGAAGAUGUUGGAAAGCCAGUCUCAGAAUAUUUUGGUGUCAGUGAUGCUCCAACGGUUCUUGCGUACACUGGAAAUGAUGAUGCCAGAAAAUUUGUGCAUGAUGGGGAAGUUACCUUGGAGAACAUCAAGGCCUUUGGGGAGAAUUUCUUGGAAGACAAGCUAAAACCUUUCUUUAAGUCGGACCCAAUUCCUGAAACUAAUGAUGAGGAUGUGAAGAUAGUAGUUGGAAAUAACUUCGAUGAUAUUGUUUUAGAUGAGUCAAAAGAUGUUCUUCUUGAGAUUUAUGCACCUUGGUGUGGGCAUUGCCAAGCUCUUGAACCAACAUACAACAAGCUUGCCAAACAUCUACGUGGUAUCGAGUCUCUUGUUAUAGCCAAGAUGGAUGGAACAACAAAUGAGCAUCCGAGGGCAAAGGCUGACGGGUUCCCUACACUUCUGUUCUUCCCAGCUGGGAACAAGAGUUUUGAUCCUAUUACUGUGGAUACUGAUCGGACAGUUACGGCAUUAUACAAAUUCCUCAAGAAAAAUGCAUCAAUCCCUUUCAAGCUCCAGAAACCAACUUCAUCUCCAAAACCUGUUAGUUCUGAUGGUAAAGAAAGCGCAGACAGCAGUAGCACUGACGUGAAGGAUGAAUUGUGAGGCUUCUAAUUUUGUUCUAAGUUAUAUGUCUUUUAUGUGCCAUCAAUGUGGUAAAAGUAAGUAAUAGUUGUCAGAUAGAUGAAGAGAGAUGAUAGAACGACUAAACCCUCUCCCCCUCCCGCGGGCCCCCCCCCCCCCAAAAAAAAAAAAAAAAAAAAAAAAAGGAAAGAAAAAGGUUUAUUAGUGCAUUCAACUAGUGAAUUUAUAUAUUUGGAAAAAUGAGGCUGAAGAAUUUAAUAAGAGGCUCAUUUCUGCUUU